GAGGAAAGGGGAGGAUGCUGCUGGAAUCAUCUUCCUCUUCAAUGCCACUAUCCUUCCCUCCUCCCUUACCCUCAGGACCAGAUAGUAUUACUGACUCUUCCCCACCCCCAAUGUCUUACAUCACUUCCCAGGAGAUGAAGUGUAUUCUUCACUGGUUUGCCAGUUGGUCAGGUCCCCAGGAUGAACGUUUCCUACAGGACCUGGUAGCUAUGGCAGUGCCAGGAAAAUUACAGCCAUUGCUGGAAGGGCUGGAGCAGCUUAGUGUGUCCAGAGCAAACCGACCACCUUGUAUCUUUGAGUGCCAGCUACGUCUUUGGGAUCAGUGGUUUCGAGGUUGGGCUGAGCAGGAGUGCAAUGAAUUUGUCAGGCAGCUGGAGGUCAGUGAGCCAGACUUCGUGACAAAGUUUUACCAAGCAGUGGCUGCUACAGCUGGUAAAGACUGAUGGACAUUAAAAUCAAAGAAGAUAAUCACAGCUGAUGGAGCCACAACUUUACUGUGAGAACUUCAAAUGUGUCACUUAAAGGUCUAGGGAUGGUAUUCCAAUCAGCUGAUUGAACUUGUUGACCUGUACAGGCUUGAUUAUAUCUUUGGAGGCGGGGAAGGGCAGAGGGAGAGAGAGAAUCUUAAG